AUGUACCUCCAAGCCUAUCCCACCUCGCCUAGAGCGCACCUUCGGCGCUCAUCUUCCGCACCAUCUGUCACAUCUCCGCCAUUCAGAGUAGAGCCAGCAACCGAACGGCCAAAGCCCACCAUACUUCUUCCCUCUUUCGUACCUCUGCCUCGCCCGCUCCCCCCUUCACCAAUUCGCUCAUGUCGACGGGGCCAGAAGAAUGUUUUCAGAAAGCUUGUCAACCGCGACUUGUCCCUUCCAAGAGACGGAUCUCUCUCGCUCGAUCAACGUAUCCUCGCCAUUGAAGACAAGAGGUCGCUGACCGUGCCCACGUUGAUCCAUAGUAGAGCGCCCACACCCGAUUCUUACGGCGUACCAGACAAAUUGUCCACUGAGCAAAGCACUGAGAUGGAUCGUGGGUGGGAAGCAGAAUGGUCGAAACCACCUUCGAAAAGUCCAGCUUCUGGAACCUCGAGUACACCUAAGUUAACCGAAGACGGAAACGCAUUACUGUCGUUGCGGACACCAUCUCCAAAUUUCACAAUUAGAAUCUUUGCAGAAGAUCCCAUGCGAAGCAGUCCUGUCAAAUUGCAUCCAGACUCCACGUCUCACACUGUCAAUAAGCCGACGGGAACCCAAAGUCGAAGCCAGUUGCCCACCAGUGCACUUGGAUUGUCCCUCGGCGAAACUCAGGGUCAACCACAGAGACACGCAUCUCCAAGUCCUCGCUCUGGGCGAACAACUGGUCGACGCUCAUCUCAUCGGCGUACGUCCAAGCAAGUAGCUCUCGGGCACAGCCAUGGCUAUACCGUUGUCUCUCCAGAACUGUAUGCCUCUCCCACAACCCCAAGGACGGCAUCUAGUGGGUACACUCGUCGUAUCACCGAGCGGGAGAGCGCAAGCGAAGCCGGGAUGCUAUUCCUGCGAUCACGCAAGGGGCAGUAUCGUCGUAGUUUUCGAACCAUGCAGUGCCUGCUUCAAUCGGAAACGGGCGAUGCACCUCCGACGCCCGACCCCUUCGCCGGUCGUCAGCCCGAGUUGCACCGACUCGAUGAAGAUGGGGGAGGGACGGGGUUGAUCCAAGAAAGGAGUAUAAAGGUAGUGAAAAAACCUAUAUCAUCUCUCUACUCGCCUGUUUCGACGCUCAAUACCAAUCCGUCCCCUAUCGAACGUAUCCCACCCAUCCUGCAAAUGCUGGCCCUGGAUUCAUAUCCAUCCGAACCUGCGACUACGUCCUUCCAGUCACGUAGUCGUGCUCAAGAAACUGAAACCUUGGUGGGAGCGGUGAAUGCGUUGACGGUGCAAAGGCCACCGAAACUCGAAAUUCCCGUCUUCUCGCCAAUUGUCGACUCUUUGGCGCACCUUUCGCUGACAAACAUGAUCAACGUCGUUCAAGCCGACCCCUCACCACCACCCCCGUAUGCAAAGAACACAAACACCGACACAUCGCCAGCAAGUUUGACGAGUACUUCGUCGCUCACAACACCGCAGAGCGGUUACUUGCGAGAAAACAUGCGAUCGGAGAUGGCUCAUCUCGCCAAUCACGACCGCCUCCGGAAUGUGCUUCCAGCCACCACGAUGCCGGUGCGGAUGAAACAUGAGGAUCCAUCUCUUUAUUCUCAACCGCCAAUGGCUGUCAGAGAAAUGAUCGAGUCGCGCAAUGGCCAAUACAACGGUCGCUUGCUGGCAGCAACACCGAGCCAACAUGAUUCUGAACGCGAAGCAACGACGUCUGCGUCGCGGAAUGCAUCGUAUGGAGUCGAGAUUUUGGUCGAGACAAGCGUCCAAGUACACGUCGAUACUAUGCCUCGGCAUGCGAAUAAGCCAAAGCUACGAGACUCGCCUCCGAACAAGUCACAUCUCAAGCUAAACAUGGAUGCUGUUGGGAUGUAUCCAGCGAUCAAAACCCGUAAACGACCGAUCGUCCUGGUACAAGAUACACCAUUUUCUGACGCUGUAUUGAUGGAGCAUGCGUCUACUGGGACCAUUCAGCGAACAGUUGUGCAGACUAGCUCCACGCCGGAGAGCAAAACGCGCCGUCCACUUCCCCCACUCCCUAAUGCGAAGAAGAGGACCGCAGAGCAACCAUAG